UCACAGGGAGCGGGGCCUUCCGGGGUAUCCCGGUCCGGCGUGAUCCCGGGAUAUCCCGGUCCGGUGUAAACCCGCUGCAAUCCCGGCGUAUCCCGGUGUGAUCCCGGGGUAUCCCGGCCCCGUCGCGCUCUGAUCCCGCUGGAAUCCCGGGGUGAUCCCGGGGUAUCUCGGUGUGAUCCCGGCCCCGUCCCGCUGUGAUCCCGGGGUAUCCCGGCCCCGCCGCCAUGGGGAAGAAGGGCAAGCGCGACAAGAAGGGGAAAGGCGCCGAGAAGACGCUGGCCAAGAUGGAGAAGAAGGUGUCCCGCCGAGCCAAGAAGGAGGAGGAGGAUCUUGAAGCCCUGAUAGCAGAAUUCCAGAGUUUGGAUGCUAAAAAGACCCAAGUAAUUGAGUCAUCCUGCCCACCCCCCUCACCCAGGCUGAACUGCUCCUUCUGUGCUCACCCCGAGAGAGAUGAGCUGAUCCUUUUUGGAGGUGAAUAUUUCAAUGGCCAAAAAACCUACCUGUACAAUGAGCUGUACAUUUACCACAUCAGGAAGAACAGCUGGGCCAAGCUGGACAUCCCCAACCCUCCCCCGAGGCGUUGUGCUCACCAGGCAGCUGUGGUGCCCACGGCUGGGGGGCAGCUCUGGAUCUUCGGGGGCGAGUUUGCCUCUCCCAACGGGGAGCAGUUCUACCACUACAAAGAUCUCUGGGUCCUGCAUUUGGCCACCAAGACCUGGGAGCAGAUCAAGGCACCAGGAGGGCCCUCUGGACGAAGUGGACAUCGGAUGGUUGCGUGCAAAAGGCAGCUGAUCAUCUUUGGAGGUUUCCAUGAGAGUGCAAGAGAUUUCAUCUACUACAAUGAUGUGUACACCUUCAACCUGGACUCCUUCACCUGGAGCAAGCUGGCUCCUGCAGGGAUGGGGCCUGCUCCAAGGUCUGGCUGUCAAAUGACUCCCACCCCUGAGGGCAACAUCAUCAUCUAUGGGGGCUACUCCAAGCAGAGGAUCAAGAAAGAUGUGGACAAAGGCACCCUGCACACAGAUAUGUUCCUGCUGAAGGCUGAAGGGGCAGGCAAGGAGGAAGACAGGUGGAGCUGGAGUCGGCUCAGCCCCUCUGGAGUGAAGCCCAGCCCCAGGUCUGGCUUUGCUGUGGCUGCUGCUCCCAACAGCCGCUGCCUCCUCUUUGGGGGGGUGCAGGAUGAGGAGGAGGAGGAGAGCAUUGAGGGGGACUUCUUCAAUGACAUUUAUUUCUAUGACAUCGGGAAGAACCGCUGGUUCCCUGCACAGCUGAAGGGCCCAAAGUCAGAGAGGAGGAAGCGCAGGCGUGGCAGACAGGCUGAGGCAGAGGCUGCUGGAGGGGAGGAGCUGCAGCUGCCACCUCCCCAGGGCCCCCUAGAGAUCGUCAAGGAGGUGGUGGCAGAAGAUGGCACCGUCAUGACCAUCAAGCAGGUGAUCCCUGGAGCUGCAGAAGAGAAGGACAGGUCUGGCUCAGAGGAGGAGGAGGAGGAGGAGGAGGAAGGUGGAGCCCUGGGCCAGCCCGUGGAGCCGUGCCCACGCUCCAGUGCCAUGGUGGCAGUGAAGCACGGGGUCCUCUACGUGUACGGGGGCAUGUUCGAGGUGGGCGACCGCCAGGUGACCCUCAGUGACCUGCACAGCAUCGACCUGCACAGGAUGGAGCAGUGGAAGGUGCUGCUGGAGAUGGAUCCAAAAACCCAGGAAUGGCUGGAGGAGUCAGAGUCAGAUGAAGAGGAGGAUGAUGAUGUGGAAGGUGCAGAGGGAGGGGAGGAAGAAGAAGAGGAGAGCUCUGAAGAGGAGAGUGAAGAUGAGGAAGGGGAGCAGCAGCACCCAGCAGUGCAGCCUGGGGAGGCCCAGGCCCAGUACUUGGCCAGGACAGAGCAGUACUGGCUCGGGCUGGCCCGGAGCCACAUGGGCCCCGAGGCCAAGGACAAGAAGGUGCUCAAGGUGGCUCAUGCCAUGGCCAAGACUUUCUAUGAAGAUCCCAUCCAGACGUCCUGAGGCUGCUCCAGGGGUGAAGGAACGUGCUGGGAGCAGUGGCCAGCCCUGCUGAGCUCUGCCCCAUGUCCAUCCUCGCUCCAGCCUUUCCCAGCUCUGGGCUGACCAUCCUGGAUGGAUGCUCUGGAUCUGCUGGUACUCCUGGGAAUGCUGUGGGAGGCUCCUGAGGAACAGGAUUGCUGUCCAAGCACUUGUUCUGCUUGUUCUGGGCUGUACAACAGUGACUUUGUUGUUCCAAAGUUGUUUGGGGUCUGUCCAGACAAACUGUGCACAAGACAAUGGUUCACUGGUCCCAGAUUCCUGACUGGGCCAGGAUGUGUCUCCAGGUGUUCCUACAAUAAACUCACUUGGUUAUGUCA